AUCGUUGAUAAGAAAUCGUCAAUGGAUUAACUAGAAUACGUGAUAUUGUUCUCAAUCGAAAAUUUUACUUAUCAUUUCGCAAUAAUAUCACGUGAUUUAAUAAUAAUAAAGAAAAUUGUUGAUAGCAUCCAAUAGCGUCAGUUGUGCAAGAGACUACAGCUGUUUGUAAUAUGUUUAUAUAUUUAUAAUUAUAUAAAAAACAAUGAUAUGUCAUUUAUAUAUCCAACUUUGGUUUAAAAUAUAUAAGAGCAAUAAAAAUUUAUCACAAUGAUAUCAAUAUUUUACGAAAAAAUAGUUGGCGGAUCACAACAAGAAUCAAAUCCUAAAAAAAUUUUGUGCGUAGGACUUGUUUGUCUUGAUAUUGUACAAACGUGUAAAAAUUUUCCAUUAGAAGAUACCGAUACCAGAUGCGUUGAGUAUAGAUGGCAACGAGGUGGUAAUGCAUCAAAUAAUUGUACAGUAUUAUCACGACUUGGUAGUAAAUGUGAAUUUUUUGGUACCCUUGGUGCUGAACAUCAUUUAAAAUUUUUAAAAGACGAUAUGAUUAAAUACAGUAUUGAUUUUGAUCAUUGUCCAAUUAUUGAGCGAAUUGGCUGUCCGAUUUCAACAGUUAUAUUGAGUUUACAAACUGGAUCUCGGACUAUUUUACACCAUAAUCCAAAUUUACCAGAGCUUACUAUUGAAGAUUUUGAAAAAUUAAAUUUAGAUAAUUACAGUUGGAUACAUUUUGAAGGCAGAAAUAUUCCACGUGUAUUGGGAAUGAUGCAGCUUAUUGAAAAUUAUAAUAAAAAAUUAAAAUUAAUAAAAUCUAAAAAUUUAUUGUCAAUAACAGUAAGCGUUGAAUUGGAAAAAAAUAAUGUAGAAUUAUUAGAUUUGUUAGCGUAUGCAGAUGUUGCAUUUAUCUCUAAAGAUUUUGCUUGUAGUCGGGGAUACAGUAAUAUGACUGAGACUAUUAAAAAUAUUGCACGUGAUGUUAAAUCAGGAGCAACAAUAAUAUGUGCAUGGGGUGACAGAGGAGCAAUGGCACGAUCACCAGAUGGUACAAUAGUGCAAUCACCAGCAUUCCCUCCUACGCAAAUAGUUGAUUCAUUGGGUGCUGGAGACACAUUUACAGCAGCUGUAUUACAUUAUUUGAAUCAUGUUAAAUUACAACACAGUCAAUUUAAAGUAAACAAUACUGAUUAUGAAAAAAGUAAAAACGAAAAACCCAAUCAAGACAAUACUUGCUCACAAACAUCUCAUUUAUCGGAUUAUAAAAAUAUAACACUUAAUCGUAAUAUCGAGAGCUCGGAAUACAGCAAUACUGAAUUUAUCAAUAAAACUAUUUUACAAUCAGCUAUUGCCUUCGCCUGCCGUAUUGCUGGUAAUAAAAUUGGAUUCAAAGGUUACGAUGAUCUACAGCUUAGUCCAAUUCAUUUUUAAUAUAAUUAUACAGAUUUAUUUUUUUAUUCAAUAAAAAUUUUACAUGUAUAUUAUA